AAAUAAGGAGAUCCGUAGAUUGAGCGGCUAGAGAGGUCGGAGGUAAGUGGCUGUGGAAAUCGGGAGGACCCGGAACACCGACACCUCGGGACCAUGACUUACGCUUAUCUCUUCAAGUACAUCAUCAUCGGAGACACAGGUGUGGGGAAGUCAUGUCUCCUCCUUCAGUUUACCGACAAGCGGUUCCAGCCUGUGCACGACCUCACAAUAGGUGUGGAGUUUGGAGCACGUAUGGUCAACAUCGAUGGAAAGCAAAUCAAACUGCAAAUCUGGGAUACGAACUCAGAGCCAGAACCUUCAUACCUACAGGCUGGGCAAGAGUCCUUCCGUUCUAUCACCCGUUCCUACUACAGGGGAGCAGCUGGAGCCCUGCUGGUGUAUGACAUCACAAGACGUGAAACCUUCAACCACCUGACCUCAUGGUUAGAGGAUGCCCGCCAGCACUCCAGCUCCAACAUGGUUAUAAUGCUGAUUGGGAAUAAGAGUGAUCUAGAAUCUCGAAGGGAUGUGAAAAGAGAAGAAGGAGAGGCCUUUGCUCGUGAGCAUGGCCUUAUAUUCAUGGAAACAUCAGCCAAGACAGCCUGCAAUGUCGAAGAGGCCUACAUUAAUACAGCCAAAGAAAUACAUAGGAAGAUCCAGCAAGGUUUAUUUGAUGUCCACAAUGAGGCAAACGGCAUCAAGAUUGGGCCCCAGCAGUCGAUCUCAUUGGUGGGGCCAUGCCCCUCUCAGCAGAACUCCUCCGACAUAGGGCCUGACUCUGGCUGCUGCUGAACACCUGGCCUGAACUCUCUGUUUUUCCUCUCCUGGAACAGUUUCAGAUCAGUCAGCUUAACAAAAGAGGUCUUCCUUGCUUUGGCUGAGAGCAGCCUCUUUUCAGUGCGAUUUCACCCUUCCACUUAAAACACGAGGAGAAAACUGGGCCCUUUCAGACCUGUCCUCCUUUCGGGACAUGAGCAUUCUGCCUAGACUACGACUCUUUCAUCCUCUAGUUUCUAAAAUGUUAGGAUCAAAGCUGAUUGUCGCGGUAGUCAAGCAAACAACCUACUAAGAUCAACAUCUAUCUGCUAUGCGUGAUGGCACAUACCCAUAAUUCCAGCACUGGGGACUUUUGGCGGAAGGAUUGCCAGGAGUUUUGAAGUCAGUCUGGACUACAUAAGUUUCACUAGGCCAUAUGUUUAAAAAAGCCAAAAAGAAAAAAAAAAAAAAAAGAAAGAAAGAGAAAGUAAAAAAGAAAAAAUACAUAUUUGUUCCUCACCCAAUUUUUAGUAACUAAGGUGGGGGAAUGUUCUGAUUGAACAUUUAGAAUUAGGGAUCUGAGUAGCCUUUGGAUGAUAGAUCUAUAUACAUAGUUAUCUCAUUACAUUUAUUUCCUUGCCUUGGAAACCUGCUCGUCAUUUCAUAAGCGUUUCCAUAGAAGCUGAGGGCCUCCAUACUGUCUCACUGCUAGUUUCUUUUCAUUUGGUGUGUGUGUGUGUACAACCUUAAGCAUCGUUCCUUAGGAGCCCACAUCUCUUACAGGGACCUGGAGCGCCACGCUUAGGCUAGACCUGCUGGCCCUUUUCAUUGCUAGUUCUGUUUCUUAACUACAGAACUUUGAGAGCAGUGGAGUUGGUACUGGACCUGUUGCCACAUACCCUUACCUAAGAAAACACUAAUUGUUCAUUUUGCUUAAAGGACCAGUUCUAGCAUUACAGUUUCUUUCAUCAAAUUGCUCUCUACUGUGUCAUCAUUCUUGUGCGUGCGUGAGCCAUGUGUCAUAGAAAUUAAGAUAGGUUCUUAAACAUGCUAGGUAAGUGCUGUACCUCUGAGCUUUCCCCUCAGGAGCCUUCUCUUCUACUUUUUGUUUUGAGACAAGUUGCUGAGGCUGGCCUUGAACUUACAGGCCUUGAACUUGGGGUCCUGAGGCUUCAGACUCCCAGGCAGCUGUGCAUUCUCCCUAAUCAGAUCUCUAUUGAACGUUUACUCUAACCAAGCUAAUUUGUCACUGAAUAUGACAUAUUUAUACUAGCUUCUGUACCUUUGCACAUGCUCUACCCUCUUACCCUCUGCUAACAUUAUACUGACACUUUUUUCCUUGAGGAAAUGCUCACUGACUGACAUAGGGAGCCCUAAGCAAUUGUUAACACAAUACUUGUUAGCAUUCCUAUGUUAUUCAUAUGCAUAUUUAUUUGUAUGUGUUUUACUUUGUAAAUAUGUUUUAUAGUGUUCUUUUGAGGAGGGUGAAGGGGGAGUAUCUGUCUCCUGUAGGUUGUAAGCUCUACGAGAGCAGGUCCCUGUCACCUUAGUCCAUACCACCAUUCCGUUACUGUGCCCUGUGUAACUCACCAUCUGGAAUUUAAGUGACAUGCUUUAAAACUUAAGACUUUAGAAGAAACAAAAGGCCUUGGAGUUGUCUCUGUGUAACUGUAUCCUGGUUUUCCCCAUCUCCUUACCUGGGUUCUCAUUGCUCUUCUGUCCUGCCUCACUGUAACUGCCUUCAUUCUGUGUGGCCUACAGUAAGAAUGCCUGCUACCAAGACUCAGAUAAGUAGGGACCUUUUUACCCACACCUUAGAAUCUGUAACCCUGUCAGCCCAGUCUGCCUCUGCUUCACUCCUUGCCUGCUUCACCUCCUGGGACACCUGUCUUUUUUACUUGUCUCAUUUUCUUUCACAGAACUGAGGUCUCACCAAAUUUUCUAAUUUUUAUUGUUAAUGACCAUUUUACUAUUAAAUAUAUGCAUGAUCCAA